AUGGCCGAACCACACACCAAGCCAUUCCACUCCCUGCUAUCCCUCUUCACCCCCUCCUCCCCCACCUCCCCUCACUUCCCCCUUCCCCUUUCCUCCCUCUCUCCCCCGUCCCCCCCACUGUCAGUCCCCUUCAUCCACUCCCACCCCCCCGUCCCCUCCCCUUUUCAGGACUGGUUCCGCUCCUUCCACCCCCAGGCCUUCCUCUUCCUGCGCUUCGAGGACUACAUGGCCAACCCCCGCCCGCACAUCGCCCAAACCCUCGACUUCCUCGGCUUCCCCGCUGCUGACGUGGCGGAGGAGCAGUGGGCGGGGAUCAUCGACCUGGAGCGCGUGGAGCAGCGGCCGGAGGGCAUGGCGAGGGAGGAGCUGGAUGGGGUCACACGGGAGCACCUGGAGGCGUUCUUUGCGCCUUUUAAUGCGGAUCUGGUGCGGUUGCUGCGUGAUGAGAAGUAUUCGUGGAAGAGAGGGCAGAUGUGA